AUGGUCGUGCUCGCGAAAGAGAGGUGCACGACAAGGAGGUAUGUGCUCAAUCCCACUGAGAUCACACCGCUUGCUCCCAGUGAGGCCGUGCCGGAGCCGACCCGGGUGGAUGCUGUGUUGGCCCCGUGUGGAGGUGGAGAUCGCCCCCUGGGCAGAGGAGAGCAAAAUGGAGCUGAAGAAGUUGGUGAGCCACAUGAGGGAGGCGAAAAGGAGUACUCCGAGAACUUCACGCCGAGGCUGAGCGGUGGCGGAGUGAGCUGCAUGAGGAUAGUCGAGGCUGCUACCAAGUAUAGCAUGCUGACCAACAGCGGAGCGGUCGACUUCUUGAGCUGCAGCAGCUGGUGCAGUUUCGGGCUCUAUGAGGCCGCAGACUUCGGGUGGGGGAGGCCCGCAUGGGUCAGCUUCGCGGGCGUGGAGUACAAGAACGUCAUUGUCCCGGUGGACGCGAGGGACGGGGACACGCUCGAGGUCUGGAUGACGCUGAGCCAAGCCGACAUGGAUGCGCUCGACGCUGAUGAGGAGCUGCUCCGGUUCGCUUGCGUGAACCCCAGCGUCUCCGGCUCGUCCACUCCGCGAGAAUUUAUUGCUCUGGGCGUGUAA